CUACAACAGAACACGGAUGAACUACAACAGAACACGGAUGAACUACAACAAGAGACGGAUGAACUACAACAAGAGACGGAAGAACUACAACAGGAGACGGAUGAACUACAACAGGAGACGGAUGAACUACAACAGGAGACGGAUGAACUACAACAGGAGACGGAUGAACUACAACAGGAGACGGAUGAACUACAACAGGAGACGGAUGAACUACAACAGGAGACGGAUGAACUACAACAGGAGACGGAUGAACUACAACAGGAGACGGAUGAACUACAACAGGAGACGGAUGAACUACAACAGAACACGGAUGAGCUACAACAGAACACGGAUGAACUACAACAGAACAUGGAUAAACUACAACAGAACACGGAUGAGCUACAACAGGAGACGGAUGAGCUACAACAGAAGACGGAUGAACUACAACAAGAGACGGAUGAACUACAACAGAAGACGGAUGAACUACAACAAGAGACGGAUGAACUACAACAGGAGACGGAUGAACUACAACAGGAGACGGAUGAACUACAACAGGAGACGGAUGAACUACAACAGGAGACGGAUGAACUACAACAGGAGACGGAUGAACUACAACAGGAGACGGAUGAACUACAACAGGAGACGGAUGAACUACAACAGGAGACGGAUGAACUACAACAGGAGACGGAUGAACUACAACAGGAGACGGAUGAACUACAACAGGAGACGGAUGAACUACAACAGGAGACGGAUGAACUACAACAGGAGACGGAUGAACUACAACAGGAGACGGAUGAACUACAACAGAACACGGAUGAACUACAACAGGAGACGGAUGAACUACAACAGGAGACGGAUGAACUACAACAGGAGACGGAUGAACUACAACAGGAGACGGAUGAACUACAACAGAAGACGGAUGAACUACAACAGGAGACGGAUGAACUACAACAGGAGACGGAUGAACUAAAAGACACAGGAGAACAACAACAGAGACACAUGUCCCCCACACACACACAGGGUUACUACAUAACACAAUAG